AGUGCUAUUAAAUUGCCCUUGUGAAUGGGAAAACGCGACGUCAGCUCCCGGGGAGCCCCAGGCUCUGUCUCUUUAAGAAACCCAGCGAGUCGUGAUGCUGCUGUUUGUAUUGCUAAACCCCCAGGAGCCCGGUUAAGAAACGGGCAGCUGUCUCUUUAAGUGUGAUUUCCUUCUAUUGUAUUUUGAAUCGUGAUCAGGAAAAAGGAAAUGAAACCAGAGACCCGGGGCUGAGCCACGGAGUUAAUCAUAAGAAUAGCCAUGCUGAGCUCCCCGCUUCCAGCAUCCCCGCCCGGCACCGGGGAACCGGCAGAGCUGCCCGGACACAGAGCUUGAACCGAGCCCCGGGGAGCUCCCGGGGGGCUGGGGCAGCGGUGGCAACCGAGGCGACCACCCCUUCCCACCUUCCUCCGCCAGCACCGGAGGUACCGGAGCCCCGGCGGGAGGUGCCCCGGCGGGGGAGCGCUGCGGGGAUGGGAGGAGGAAAUCCUGUGAAUGUCAUUGGGGGGCGGAGGGGGAACUCGGCUGGUGACAAGGCUUCGAGAGCAGACAGCCUUUGCGGGGGCAGCGGGGGCAGAGCCCACCACCGGCACGCUACAAAGGAACAAUCCCUCCCAAUGUCAUCGGCCAUCGAGAGGAAAAGCCUCGAUCCUUCCGAGGAGCCGGUGGAUGAGGUCCUCCAGAUCCCCCCUUCGCUGCUGACAUGUGGUGGUUGCCAGCAGAACAUCGGGGACCGCUAUUUCCUGAAAGCCAUCGACCAGUACUGGCACGAGGACUGCCUCAGCUGCGACCUGUGCGGGUGCCGCCUGGGAGAGGUGGGGAGACGCUUGUACUACAAACUGGGCAGAAAGCUCUGCCGAAGGGACUAUCUCAGGUACCCAACCCCCCUCCUUCUACCCUCCCUCACCAUCCUCCCAUCAUUUCAGCUUCGCUUAGUCAUUUAA